UUUGGGUGGACUUGACGCGGCUGUGUUUAGUACAGCUAGUGCUGAACUGUUAUGAUGUGUCAAUAAGUUAAUAAGGUGGACGGCACCAAUGAUGAGAGGCCCCCCCCGAUACCUGAGCAGGAUAUUAGAGGUCAUCGUCAUUGCAUGACAAAGGCUGUGGCAGAUUCAUCUUCAUCACUCAUCCAGCAUUUCCAUAGUUUUUUCUUCAGUGCGGUAGUACCAUGAAGGGUGGAGGAAGGGGUAAGGAGCCACCUGUUGCAGGGGAGGUCACUGGCAAGCGCCCCAAACGCAAAUGCCUGCAGUGGCACCCCCUCCUCUCCAAGAAGGCUCUGGAUUUCUCUGAGGAGGAGGAAGAAGAGGAUGAAGAGGAGCUGGAGAAGCAGCCACCGCUGUGUGUUCAGGACCAGGGCUCGCAGAUGCAGUGUGGAAGCACAACGGAGGAAGUGGAGGAGGACUCGAAUGAACAGCGGGCACGGCGGCCAAUGAAUGCCUUCCUACUCUUCUGCAAACGCCACCGUUCCCUGGUGCGGCAGGAACACCCUCGCCUGGACAACCGUGGGGCAACGAAGAUCCUGGCUGACUGGUGGGCUGUGCUAGAGCCCAAGGAGAAGCAGAAGUACACUGACAUGGCCAAGGAGUACAAAGAUGCCUUUAUGAAGGCAAACCCGGGCUACAAGUGGUGUCCCACCACCAGCAAACCAGUUAAGAGCCCUCCCUGUCAGCCAGUCAGCAACCCCCGCAAAAAAGUUUGGCCCUUCUCUUCCAACUCGUCCAAGGACUCCACCACUGCCAAAAAAGUGCCCAAAACUGACAGCGUGCCACAGUUAAACUUUGCCAUGGCAGAUCCUACAAAGAUGGGAGGCCUUAGCAUGCUGCUGUUAGCUGGGGAACAUGCCCUCACAAACAGAGAGAUCCCUUCCUGCACUAAACCUAGUUUACCUGACACAGCCAGCGAAGGGAACUCCUUUCCAGGGGAUGAGGAAGAGAUGUUGUCUGGGACAAUACCGAACAGAGUGCCUGACAAUACUGAAAGCAGGGUCAAGUCUGCCCUUUCCCCGCUGGCAGAGUCAUCUCUCCCUGCGGCACCUGAAGGAAAACCGUGCAGACAGUCCGCUCUCUUCCAGCUUGCUGAGAUGUGCCUAGCAUCUGAAGCUGGAAAGAUGGACACUGUCGUAUCUCAGCCUGAGGACAGCUCUGCUACAGCCUCUCUCCAGCAAACUGCAGUCAAGUCAGAGAUCAAGGAGGAGAAAGCAGACACGGAUGACUGUCGUCCCUCCUCUUGCACAUCUGCCCACUUACCUUUGCUCUCCUCUGUCACUUCUACCUCCACUGAUGCCAUUCCCCCACAACUCAGCAGCCAAAAUGCACGUGUCAAAAACAAGAGCAAGAAAAAAGAGGUGACAAAGUCAAAUGAUAACGAUGAGAUAAUUUGCUCGGCAAAGAAGGUCAUCAAGAAAUGUAACCAGGCUGAAUCAAAUGUGGACAGUGUCUUCAGCACGAUUGAGGCAGUGGCCAAAGGAGCCUGGAAGGACACAGAGGAGAAGUCCAAGAAGAAGAUCCAGAGCAGUUCUAGUGGUGGAAACUCUGGUGUGCCCAAAAAAAAGAGCAAGCCCAAAGUCAAGACCUUUGUCAAAGAAAAGGAGGAGGAGACGGAGGAUGACAGUGGACAGAGUGGGCAGCACAGUUCCUGUGAGGUGGAGAUGAAGGACGAGAUGACUGACAUUAAUUCCAAGAUGGAGGCAGAAGAAGCAAAUCUAGGAAGCAUAGACCUUCAGGGCAGCAUGGCACAACCCUAUCACUCACCCUGCAGCCCCUCGCCUGCUAAACUGAAAGAGGAGGGGAAGGAGAGGUCGAGUGAAGGGACCUGUGAGUCCAGCACAGAGAGCCGCGGCGCCAGGAAGUCAGAGCGGAGCUGUAAAGGUGCUUUGUAUAAAACCCUUGUUUCAGAGGGAAUGCUGACUUCACUGAGAGCCAAUAUUGACAGAGGUAAAAGAGGCGCUUUCCGGGCUUCUGAUCACGAUGCAAACUGGAGUGAUGACAGCUGGACAGUUUCUCAGAUGGGACCUAAUAACCCCAAGAAGCUGAAAAAGUCCAAGUCCAAAGAUGAAUCUUCACAGGGCCUAGGGAAACUGGAGGAGGAGUUUGAAAGGAAGUUUAACAGCUUGCCACAGUAUAGCCCAAUGACAUUUGAUAAGAAGGGGGCUGCUGUCGCAAAAAAGAAAAAGAUGGACAGCACCACUGUCCAAGGGGAAGUCUCCAAAGCUGGAAAAGGGCCAUCUCCAUCUCAGAAAAAGACUUCAUUCCACAAGAUUGUUAGGAAGCACAAACACAAAAAGGACAAACCAGGUGCAGUGGACAAAGUGGUACAGAGUGAUUCCACCUUGCUGGAUUCAGCUUCAAAAGCCAAAUCAUGUGCCCCCAUUGCCAUAUUGUGCCCAGAUGUCCAGGGCAACACUAGUAUGGAGAUGCUAGUUGGUAGCCAAAAGAGGAAGGCUAGGAAGACCAAGAUCACACACUUGGUGCGCACCGCUGAUGGCAGUGUGUCUCCAGUCGAGGAGGACAAAACUAGGGACCUGAACCAGGAACAGGAUAAGAAGCCAUUACCCCAACCGAAUUUAUGCAAUGAAAAAGGGUGCUACAGUAAUCCCAGAGAUGAGGAGGCAGAGAGGAGCACCACACCGCAAGAGCUACCUGCUUUCUUCAGCUUGGCAGCCCUCGCUGAAGUAGCAGCCAUGGAAAACGUUCACAGAGGCCAGAGAGGCUUGGCUGAGAGUCAGAAAAAAGAUCUUAACCAGACUCCGGUCCUCAUCUCCUGUGCUGAUCAGUGAACUCUACUGCUGUUAUGAGAGGCCACAACAUGGACAUUGGCAGUGGAGCUUUACUGUCCUCAGUGGUAACCCCAUGCUGUAGGGAGACUUGAUCAGGAAGCUUUGGACAGACUCCACCUUCCCUUUGUGGUGAAUUUGCUUGAGCUCGGGUUCAUGGGGACAGGACCCUCCUCCUCCUCACCGCUCCUCGCUAUCUCAGUGUUUUCCCCAGAAGCCUUCUGUUGGUUUGAGGGAGGAUGCCUUUCUGAACUCCUCUCACCCCCCUUAGAUGCCCUGUUAGGGCCUGUGGAAGAACCAAGCUGUCUCCCAGUGCAUGGCUUCCCUUAUAGAGAUGGUUGUCAUGGGUUAUUGUAUACUGUUUUGUCAAAUAGAGGCCAUUUUUAAGGUCAAGUCUUGCGAUUUAAAAAUAGCAUUUUAGGUAGGGAAAAACCCAACACUGCAUUCGUUUUAUAGACGAACACAGCUUUCUGUUACCUUUUUACCUCACACACAUGCCUACUGAAGAGUUCCCUCCACCUGUGGUAGAAUACCUCUGUAUUUAAUAGCUCUUAUCCCUUCAUUCCUUCCAGCUUCAACCCAAAAUGGCUUUAACCAGGGUAAAUGAUCAUGAUGGAUAGACUCCCAUUACCAACUACUUGCUCAGUGUUUCCCUGUGGUACACUAAUACGGUGUACUCAAACUGCGAAGAAAUCAUGGUUGAGUAUUUGAUAUGUAAGUUAAGAUGAUGCUACUGUAAAACAGUAUGUGGUAGCUACAAAUAAUCAUGUUAGACUGAAUGUGUAAGUAUAGACCUGUGCGUACACUGGCACCUGAACUGGAGUUGACUAUAGCUGAGGGUUUGUUUGUCUGGUUUAUCCUUAAGGAGUAGGUUCAUUGUCCCUGUCAGGCUAAUGACAGUAGGUUGGCUGAAAAACUGCUUCUUGUGAUGGAGAGAUUGUAUGAAAGUGAUUCAAUUAUAGCCUUAACCCUUUCCACCCAGACCCGCUUUGCCACCACAAAGCCCUAAACCAGCUUGUUGCUCAAUGCCAUCACAGUCCUAAAGUCAGUGUAAACAUUUUUGGAUAGUGAAAUGCAGUUUUUGUCAAUACUUGAUCUUAUUGCAGUUUGCGUAGCAAUUAGAAAGGUUAAUUCCUUGUGUGCAAACUUAUUUUAUUGGAAUAGGUGUUUUAUUUUGUUUUAUUACGUAAACACUGCACUAAUUUGUAGCUGAUAUUUGAGUUGCUCUUGGAAGAGUGAUAAAAUGCCUUGUCUCCACCGAUCAGUGUUCUUACACCAUAGCCUCUCAAUAGUGUCUUCAGUGUCCUCGGGACAUGGCUAAAGCCAGCUGCAAGCUCUAGUGUAAAAGAUCAGGAAUUUGUUAAUCCAAUCAUAAAAUGAGAUAUUUGGGAAAAAAAACAAUACAGAAAUAAAAUCGCUGUUUCUGAUUUCCUAGAGAAACAAAAGUUUGAUGUGUUGAAAUCGGACCGCACUAUGCUAUGGUUCCACUCAGAGCUAAUGGAGACAAGGCAUUUGAUAAUAAUUUCCCCAUUUGUUUCCUAUUGGCCUUUUGAGAUUUUAUUGCAUUGUAAUGGUCUACUCAGAGGUCACAUGUAAUCAAUGUUUUGAUUUUUAGAAGUAUUUAUAUUUAGAUGCAACUUUGUGUUCUUUAUUUUUGGCUUUGUUUUAAUGUUUUUUGUUUUUUUGCUUUAAUGUUUAGUCAGAAUCAUUCCAUUUCCAUGCCUUUGUCUGCCACACUUUUGUUUACAGUUCAUCAGCUAUAGUAGUAGUGAGGAAAAGUAAGGACAGAUGCAGUUAAGCUGCAGGUUUGUGGUCUUCCCGAGGGUUUGUGGAACAUAGAAAAGCUGCCACAGGCUAAUAGAGGUUAACUGAGAGCUACAGAGACUCCCCCCACAAUACCCCACCUCCUUCCUAGCAACCUUUGUUCCUCUGUGUAGACCAAUACUUAAUUUAUCACAUUUUAGAUGAAAUCACAUUUAUAACUUUUAUAUCUCUUUGUUUUCUGUUUGACCAUUCUUCUGUUAAAGUGUGUGCAUUUAUAAUGCUGUUUUAACUAGGUCCUUUUAUGAUCAAUGGUUUUUCCUGAAGUCAAGUUUACUGGAUUAAGAAUGUUGUCAAAAAAGAUCAAGCUCAUAGAUGACGAAUGCAUCUAUGCUUACCUGCUUAGAAAACUAGCACUGAGAUAAAAUGCACCGUCUCUAGACAAUGAGCUUGGCUUUUAACCUCUGGAGGUGUGUAAUUGACUGCAACUGCAACACCAUUUCUUGGAGAUGUGUUAAGAUGUGUUCAGAGCGCUUUCAGACACAUAAUGACAGGACAGACAAACAAGAAAUGAAUGGGUCUUGAAGAAUGGAUGCAUCUUGAAAUAGUGUUUUUCCAAAAUCAAGGCAUUGUUACGUGGUAAUAAUGUUUUGCUUAUGUAGGCCCUUAUGUGCAAUUAGUGCAACAUAUGCAAAAAAUCAAUAAUUCCUCUAAAUUUGUCCUUAAAAUCUAACAAACUAACUGCAGAUGUUUCCAAGUUAAGUUUAAGGGAACCACAGUAUGCUUUAGGAUAAUCCUAAUAAUAAAUGGUAUAUAUAUUUUUUCAGAUAUGAGAAAGCUACAUUAAGGAUGAUAUCAUCCAAGCAGUAAACUGUAUAGUUCUUCCACUGGUGGCAGGGUCAGUGUAGUUCUUUGCAAAGACAAAGAAAUUGUCUUCCCCCAAAAUAGAGAUAUAUUUGCAUAUAGCAAGUGAGUUUAAUGACAUUUGCCAAAGAAAAGGGAAAGGUAUAGUCAAAUGAAAAUCCUGUGUAAAAAUGGAAAAAAAAAAGAAAGCUAGCAUAACAGUUGCACUCUCGGUAUGUAAAUCUUCAGGUAACAAUAUCAGCACAAUUCAUCCUGUGUACCUAAUGGGAUUUCCUUAGUGUUUAAGCCCAGAGUUUGAAUGAAGUGCAACAAAAGGGCACCACUCAAUGCCUCUUUUAAUAUACAGUAUUUGCACCUUAUGACCCAAACCAAAAUGAUCAUGGUCUUUGAAGAAAAUAUAGAAUUUGUACCCACUCUGUGGAAAUUAUGCAUUUUAACUAUUAUUUAUGUGAGAAUCCAGUCAAUAACAAAUCCACACAUCUACCAAACAGCCAUAAUAAUGUCAUUGCCCCAUCCCCUCACUUUUUCUAUCUAGAAAAUGCUUCUAUAAAGUUGAAAUUCCUAUAUUAGUUACCUAAAUGACUAUUAUACCCUUUGUGCUAGUACUGUCUUCUUGAAUGUAAUCAUUUUGUACCUGUAUUUUUCUAAUUCAGUCUUGAUUGUACUGUAUGUAUGCUAUGAUGGUAUACUGUUCCUUAGGUGCAUAGUUUGUUACAACCAUCGGUUCUCAUGACAGGAUAGCUGCUGCGCUGCAAACUCAAUGAAAAUGUGUGGGGGUUUUAAGUCUGCAGGACUUAAUGUACCAUGUGACCAUCCAUGAGACUGAUAACUGAGAGAUUCUUGCAUUUUGAAUGGUAGAACAAUAGCUUUCCCUGGUUUGCUACUUUUUCUUUUUCCUUGCAGUAAAAGUUAAAGUCUGUUCAGGACAGUUUAUAAAACAGGGACGCUCCUGCAAUCAGAUAGAACAAUUGAAUGCUUGAGUUUCAACAUAUUUAUUACUGUUCCUUUUUAUAGGUUUAGCUGAAUAAAAACAAUAAAAUAUACAACUGAAUAUGCAUCCAUUUAUACAUGAACAUGUAUAAGAUUAUCUACCCUUUACUGGAAUGUAGAUCAUGGCUUCUCUUUGUUUUGUUUUUUUGUGAAGAAGAAUUUAUGUUCUUGGUGAUCCUCAUGGCAGAGAUGUUCUUUUGAUUGUUACAGCCCAGUUGUUAAAUGCAGCCAUGCCUUACAGGAACCCCUGCUUAGUGAGGGAUCCCCCAGCCACCCACCUCCCCACCCCACCCAUAACUCUUAUGUCAUAACACUGUUUGCUGAUGCAACUAUUAUUCCUUUUACACUUUCUGCUGACGCAACUAUUACUUCUUGAACACCUAUUAAAAUAACAUCUAUUAUCUGUA